GUCUAUAGGUGUUCAAAAUAAUAAUAAAUGUAAACAAGGCAUUCAAUGUAAAACUUGGGAAAAAUAUGUUGUGCUAAUAGUAAGGUUCAGUGCAUGUCUCCGUUUUGUGCGAUACAAUUGACACGGUGAAUAAUAGGUAUUUUACAUGUGCUACUCUGGUUGAAAAAGUAAUGGCUUCUCUUUUACGAUCUAGGCAUGUAUUUAAUCUUGUUACCCGCAUUAGCGGAAUUCGUUCUAUUAAUUAUAGAGCGAAUUUCGGUGAUAUAAAAAGAUGUUUUUAUGAAUAUUUGGUCAAAAGCGAAGCUUGUAACCCAUUUUGGAACACAAACAGGUUCUUGGCAACAUUAGGGAGACUACAGCAUGAAACUACAACGGAAGAAGAAAGAUUGUCACCACAAGCAAGACUUCAUUCUCUUGACAAAGCCCUUUAUAGGCUUGAUCUUGAUGUACGGAAGCUGGGACGAAUAGCGAGGAAAGAUGUAGAAGACAUUUUUGCUGAAAUAAAGCACAUAGGAACAUCAAGUAGCACACAGAGUUUACUGUUGAUUCGAUGUUGUGGUUCAUUGCUGCCAGAUGAGCUACCAGAAGCACGUACUGAACUUGUAAAUGAAAUCUGGAACAAAUUGAUUGAACUGGAUUGUCAAAUGGAUGUCAGUCAUUACAAUGCGCUUCUAAAGGUUUACUUGGAAAAUGAAUACAUGUUUUCUCCCACUGACUUUCUGACAACAAUGGAGAACAAGGGAAUUCAACCUAAUAGGGUAAGAAAUGACAUGGAAAAUGCUAAGAAUAUUUUAGAAGUAAUGAGAAAUGCCCAGCUGGAGCCAGGCUGUGAUACGUAUUGUGCAUUGCUUUGUGGCUAUGCGGAAAAAGGCCUGAUUGAUGAAAUGAAAAACAUUUUUCAAGAAGCUGAAAAUAAUGAUGUAUAUCUUAUGGAUAAAGAUAUCUUAGAUAUUGUAUAUACCCUAGCAGUGAAUGGACACAGCAUGUAUGUUGAUGAGGUAUUAGGAAAAAUUAGAAAAUUAGCAGGAUACAACCAGGACUGCAUCAAUAUUAUUUUGAAACUAGUCAAUAACAAACAAGAAGAUGUUGGAUACAAGUUAUUAAAGACAAUGCCACGCACUUCCUUGCCAGAUGGAAAUCUUGCUCCAGCAGGCAAUUUUUUUAUUCGACAGAUGGUACGGUGUGAAGUGGCUCCUUCAAAGAUCCUUGAUAUUUGUAAGGACAUGAAAAAAUCGGGACUGAAUGAAACAUCAGUGCUUAAAGCUACUGAAAAUACUUUAGUUUAUCAAAAAACAGAUCAUGCUCUUCAGUUUAUUGAUGAAUUGCAUAAAGAGGAAAUACCUGUACGAUGUCAUUAUUUUUGGCCAAUUUUCAUAGCAUUGUCUAGACAGAAGGAUGAAAAUGCAAUCUAUUCUGUCCUGAAAAAAAUGAUUGAAUAUGGUUGUCCAGCUAACUAUGAAACAUUAACAGACUAUGUUUUACCUAGUCUCAACAUUAGUGAUACUAACAUAGUAGUUGAAAAAAUGAAGGAACUUGGCAUGACUGUAGGUUCUGUUAUAAAUCCCUUGAUCUAUAUUCUUCUUGAAAAAAAUGAAACUUCACAAGCUGCAGUUUCGAUUGAGCAGUACCCUGUCAGAUUGAAUGCCAUCUUACUAACAAAGGUGUUAGCCACAUCCUGCAAAAACACUGGAGAUUUAGAAUCAACAUUGAAGAUUCUUCGGCAUUUAACUGAUAACCCCGAAAGACUAGCUGAUACUGUACAGAACGUGGAUUGGUGUGGGCAGUUUCUUCUUGACUACCUUUCAGUUUGUAAGAACAGUACUGAUACCCUAGAAAAUGUCUUAAGUAGAAUGGCAGAAAAGGAUAUGAAGAUAUCUCAUAAUACUGUUGAUGUCAUUCUAAACCGUAUUAAAGAUGGAGUUAAUGAUAACAUAACUACACUUCUAGAACAAAUGGCUACAUCCAGUUUACAAGGUGCUCCUGAUGACAUAGAAUCCACUUCAUUCGCUCACCCCAGAGAAAUGAAUGUUGAAGAACUGGAGAAUCACUUGUUGGAAUUAAAGAGUAAAGGAAUGAACACCAGAGGUGUACUUCGGCGCCUCUUGUUGCUACACUGUCGAAAAAAGAAUGUUGAUCGAGUUCAACAAAUAAUUACCGAGCUUGAGGAGGAAAACUUCUCCUUUACUCCUGCGAUGUAUGCUCAAAUAAUGGAACUUCAUAUUACCAAUAAGAACUUGGAAGAAGCUUUGAAAUAUAAAAAGAUCAUAGAUGAAACAGACAAAACUUUUGCAAUUGACUCACAUAAGAUUUUGAAUCUUGCAACAUUGCUUAUAGAAAGGAACCAUUAUCAAGAGGCACUGGAGAUGAUCAAAAACCAUUAUUCCAACUUUGGAGUGAAAGAAAGUAAAGAUUUUCUACAGAGAAAUGUUUGGCGGUUGUUAACUGCAGUUGCCAAUACAGGCAAUGUGGACCAUACCCGUGAGUUGUUCCAUACUGUUGUUACUGAGUGUGCAUUCACAACACCAACCAACAUGGUCUUAGGUCCAUUAAUGAAAGUUCACAUUGAUAAUGACAACUUGCCUGCAGCUGUUGAAGAAUUUAAGGAAAUAGCAAAAAGAUAUCAACAAACACCAUGGAAGGGUGAACUUUUCAGAAAGUUAAUUCACCUGGAAGAUACAGAGAGUUUACAGAAAGUUAUGGACCUGAGCUCAGAGGUCCAUGGGGAGAUGAAUACACUGUAUGAUUUAGCAUGUUGUUUUAUUGAGUGUGGACGAGUUAAACAAGCCAAGAAAAUACUUGAGACCCCAGGCCUAAGAGCUCGAAAUAGGAGACUGGAAUCUUUCUGUGAGAGAUAUCUUCAACAAAAUAUGAUUACUGAAUUAGAAGAUCUAGUGAACAUCACACGUGACUUGUUUGACAUCGACAGGGACCAAAUGUACUACUACCUUCUGUGUGGCUAUGCAAAAGUCAAUGAUGUUAAGAAAGCCCUUGCUGUGUGGACUGCAAUGCAAGAUGAAAAUGUUCAACCUCGCGCUAAAACUCUUCGGUUUUUAGCUGAAUUCUUGCAGAAAAAUGGAGAAGAAGUCCCAUUUGUGAUUCCCGAGCCACAGUCUGAGGAGUCUGGUAGUGGCAAAAUGAAUUUUAUGGAAUACAUUAAGGCAGAAGAUGUAGAUAAGGCCUUGGAGUUUAAAAGAAGCAUGGAAGAUCGUGGAGAGAAACUUAAUCUCAUGAUGAGUACAGCACUCAUUGAAGCUUUACUUCGUAAAGAUCGAUUAUUAGAGGCAACCAAUAUUUCACAAGAUCUUUUCAGGCAUCAGAUGUUUCCAAAAUCACAAGUUUUGAAAUUUCUUCUAAAUCGAUUAGCACGAGCUGGAGAUGUUGAGACCAUCAAGAAUAUGAGGUCCGUGCUCCCAUCAUCUGUACUGAAGCUUGUUUCAUUUGAUAAUUUCCUAGCUAAUGCAUACAUUAAUAGUGAUCGAACCAAAGAACUUUUAGCUGAACUGGGACAAGACUUAAGUGAAAGUAAAAACAGAUUUCCUUCUGGAGGAAUCUUGGGUGUAAUGAAGAAACAUCCAGAAUUGGAAAAUGAAAUUGUGGAACUGACAGAAAAGUAUGCCAACCAAGAACAGUUUUUUAUACCUAAGAAUAUGUUAUGGGUGCACUAUUUCUUGGAAGAAGAGUAUGAUAAAGCCAACCAGAUAUUUCAGAAGUAUAGAAAUGACAGGAGAGAAGUGGUUAAACCAUGCAAAAAAUGUGUAGAAAGAAAAGAACUGGUUUUUAAUCUGGAAAAAUUGAAGAUGAUGGUAUUUCUUAAAGGAGGGAAGCUUAGUAAAAAAG